UUCCAAGAAUAAAGUAGCCGUAACUGUUUCAGAUCCGAUAAAAGAAUAUAUCGACACGGAAAGCAGCAUCGGAAACAUAUUCAAAAGGAACAUUUUCUACUUUGUUGAUCGGUGAUAUUUGUAUACUGUACUGGCUAAAAAGGCUUUCAAGUGGAUUGCUUGCGAUAUAGCUCGUCUAAACAGGUGGUAGCUCGCAAAGAUAGCCCUCUAAUCACGUUUACGUUCGUACACACUCACGACUCAAAACUGGAGUUUCUAGCCAUGAACCUACAUGCUGUGUGUUAAUCUACUGCUGCUAAUAUCUAAUACAUCUGUCCUUACGGUCCUUAAUGCUUUCUCUGGACCACAUGCAUUAAGGUUUCGACAUUUAUUUUCUUAAUAGGCCUGCUAUGAACACAUCGAAGCGUUGUAAUCCAAACGGUUUUGCAACUUAGAUUUACUGUUGUCUGACAUGUUAAGACCUUACUUAACGUUAAUCAGAACAGCACAUGGGACUCUGUCAAGGACGUUGCAUGUUGAUAGCCGUGUUGAUUUACGAAAUUUGCUUAAUGCUAAGUUUAAGUCGAUCAGAGUAGCUUCCCAGACCGUGAGUCGUUUUUACCACAUACCUCAAAGAAAGGUUGAUUUUCUUGGCAUGCAGCCGGUAACAGAGGCAGACUCUGUAGCUGGCAAACAUGAAACGGGUAUGGAAUGUGACGGCGAUGCAUUAAAUGUCCAACUUAGGAAGGACAUCUCACCUGACACAAAAGACUCCAACACUGAGGGUGAAAAGGUGAAGACGGCCAAAAGAAAAAUGAAGAAGCCACGGGCACGAAAGGAAAGAGUGAGGUCAUCAGAGUCCACAGAUAGCCUAAUGGCUGAGCUCCCGUUUGCCAAUACCAAAAUAUGGAAAGAGCUUGGCUUUACAACCUCUGAGAGCAGUUUGAAGAAGAAACGAAAGAGAGGAGAGAGUGGUCGAGUAGAAAGCGAGGAAGAUGGAGAGAAGAAAAAGAAGAAGAAGAAAGAAUCUUACCGUCCUAACUAUUUUGUUUCAAUACCAAUCACCAACCAGAAGAUUAAAGAGAGUGUAGAGGCAGUCCAGGCACUGGUUGUCCAGAAGGAUCCACGGAUGACUCCUGCUCUCAUUCCUGUGGGAAGUCUGCACAUCACUCUGCUGGUUACUUACCUUGGCACUGAGGAAGAGGUCAACCUGGCAUCGUGUGCAGUGGGUGAGAUGAAGCCCACCAUACAGUCACUGCUGAAGGACACGGAGCUGGUUCUGCCGUUCACUGGCAUCUCACACUUCAAAAACGAAGUGGCUUUUAUCCAACUGGCUGAAGGAGAACACCUUACCACACUGACUCAGAUCGCAGAGGCGGUCAGGAAGACGUUUGAGGAGAACGGCAUCCCGUCCGGCGACGCCAAAGCGUUUAAACCUCAUCUCACCUUUAUGAAACUGUCCCGCGCGAAGAAACUCCGCAGUCAGGGAAUCAAGAAGUUGGACCCUGAUCUGUACUCGGAGUACGCCAAGUACCCGUUCGGAGAAGAGAGAGUGUGUCGGCUGGACUUGUGUUCAAUGCUGAAGAAAAAGACUCCAGAUGGAUAUUACCAUCGCGAGAAAUCAGUCACAUUCGGUGCGAAGCGGGCUCCAGAGCCUGACGAUGAGGAGUUGUUGAGUCUGAGUAAGAGGCUGGUGGAAGACGCUGUCUUACGUGCAGUGCAGCAAUACAUGGAGGAGACGCAACAGAACGGAGGUCCUCCUAAAGACCAGGGACCUCCUUCACGACCUGCCGGUGACCUCAACAAUGCCAGCGUUAGCAAAUGAGAGACGGGCGGAGGGGAGGGGAGGGGGCGGGAGACGCCCCUAACCCCGUAUCUCAAUGUGCCCGUCGCCGCGGAGACAAAAACGCCGCUUGUUGCCAUUGGGCGGUUGGGAAAUGGGCCAUGUCGCGUUUGGACAGAGAGAGUUUUAGGAGAGAAGGAAGCGUUGGACAGGAGUUUCGAGGCGGUGUCGGAUUAUUUUGGUUGGGAGAGUCCCUAUGCAGUUUCUGUUCGUCGACUGCACCCUUCAACUACACCUAACGUGCUUCAUGGUUCUUUCAGUUUCAGUCCUGCUACAAACCUGUCUGUCCAUGUUCUCUCUGUCUUACUUCUUACCAGUCAUCUUCUGUCAUCUUUUUUUUUAUUCUUUUUUUGUACCUCUCUGUCUUCUUUCCCUGCAUGACGAGACCCAGAAGAGAGAAAGAGAAAUGACCUUUUUGAAGGAAAUUGCCACUAGACAAACUGUAAGCGGAGUCCCAGACUCCCUGGUCAGCUCUGAGAGUGGAUCUGUGUUAACAGAAAGUAUUGGCCCCACUCUACAACACUACAGCCGCAGGCCAGAGAUCGUCACGACAAGUGUAAGGGUGUGAGGAGAGGGGAGGUGGACAGUCCACUUUCAGAGCUGCCCAACACACACACACACACACACACACACACACACUCACACACACACUCACACACAAAGUCACUCUUCCUUUUUCCCUAAGCUAGGAAUCACUACAGAAAAUGAACUACACCUCUGAACCGCGGCUCUCCCCGUUAUCCUGAAAAAGAAAAACAGACCUGUUUAAAAAAAAAAAGGGGAGGGUCAGAGUAUGCAGUGGAGAAUUAAAAUGUGCUGUGAAUGAUGUUUACAUGGGAUUUUUGUUGUUGUAUUUUUUUUUUUUUGGGGGGUUCAGAUAUGAAGUGAAAAGACUUUGUGAUUAAAUCCUUUCGCGAUGUCGCGUUGUUGACGUCGCUCUAAACGAGCUCGAUCGCACAGAUCGUCCGUGUCGAUUUAAGUUCUGUAAACACAUCAUGAUGCGUGCUUUUGUUUUGCAUUUUGUUUGUUUAUUUGUUUGUUUCCCCUUUGUAGGAUGUUACGACAGCUUGAUUAGGAGGGGGCUUCAAAUGGAGAGGGAAUCCAUUUUAAGGAGACUUAGUGGCCUCAGA